GUUAACAGCCGGGUCUUGUUGGGCAAACAAACAAAAGCGAUUGUGUUUGGGUUUAAACACCUAAACCCUUCUCCAACUUGGCUGCCCGUCGACCAUCGCGCUGCGCUUCCCGCCUGCCGUUUUCACCAGCAAUUCCUCAAUAUACGCAGUGUCAGUGUGGAGAACCCACCAAGUCACCCGUCUCUUUCAGCGGAAAAUCUGUAAAUUCUUGAAGAACUAUCUUCAGAGAGCGGGUUGAAACGCAGAUUUGUAUUCCUAAGAACGGGUGAGUUCAUCCACAAUUUAUCUUCAUCAGCCGUGAUAUCAUUUAUGUAUUGAACCAUGUCCGGUUUACUCUAUAAAGCAGUAUUCCCAUUCCGUAGGCAUCUGGGUGAUUCUUGCUUGUACAAAUCCUCACUGGGUAUUUCUUUUCGUAAUGUGUGGGCUCCUUCUGUGAUUAAACCGGAAAAGGUUGAAAAUUUCCGUGCUAUUCUGGAAAAUUAUGAAUUCAGUGAUACCCAGAUUUCUAUACUUGCCAAGUUACUCCCAAAUAUUUUCUCAUUCAGUCUCCAGAACAAUAUUUUGCCUAAACUCAAAUUCUUUCUCUCUAUUGGACUCUCGACCUCUGAACUGCCAAAAGUUAUUAUGGUCAAUCCUGCAUUGUUGUCAGGAAGCAUUGAAAAACAGUUUAUCCCCUGUUAUAAUUAUCUCAAGACUUUAGUGAAUUCUGACGAAGAUAUUGUACGGACCAUAAAGCGCAGUCCUAGAAUUUUUUCUUGCAAUUUGAAUAUAAUGGUGUCCAAUGUAGAGCUAUUGGCACAGGCUGGGGUACCACAGAGCUUUAUCUCAUACAUUUUAACUCGCUACCCUCAUUCACUGCAAAUGAAAUGUGAUAAGUUUAAGAGGAGUGUGGACAAAGCAAUUAAAAUGGGAUUUGACCCCUCGACGAUGAUAUUUAUUCGGGCAAUUUAUGUGUUGUGUGAAAUGAGCGAGCAGGCAUGGGGCAGCAGAAUCAAGGUUUAUAGGAGGUUCGGUCUGUCAGAUACUGAGAUCCUAUCGGCAUUUAGAUCACAUCCUUUCUUUAUGAAGUUGUCCGAGGAAAAAAUUAUGAGGGGAAUGGAGUUUUAUGUAAAGGAGAUGAGCUGUUCUCCUGCCAAUGUUGCCCGAUCCCCAAUUGUCCUCUUUUACAACAUGGAGAGGAGGAUCAUACCAAGGUGUCGUGUGAUUAAGAUGUUGAUGGAGAAAGGUUUGGUCAAGAAAUAUUCUCUCGCAAACGUUUUGGCAUGUACUGAUGAGCAAUUCCUCAAAAGGUUUCUUGUUCCACCUCGUGCAGAUUGCACAAUUGAGUACUAUUUUCACUAUGGGUCACCUUAUUUCUUUUGUGGAAAUAAAUAAACAAGAAUUACAGUUUGAAGAAAAGAUAAUAUCUGGCUGGAAGCUCUGGAAAAUUGGAAGAGAAUCACAUUUAGCAACGACAAUCUGGUACCCAAGCCUGUCAGCUAGAGCAAGCCCUUCGCAAGGUGCAACAGCUUCGACUUCUUCUACCGAUAAUCUGCCUAGGAAUUGUAGGGAGCUGCUGCCACCACGGCCACCGCUAGGUGAUCUCUAAUGACAUUUCCCAAUCCAAUCAAUCUCAACGCCAUUCGAACGGAAGCAUCCGUAUUUAAUUUGAAAAGCCCAUAUCCAGCAACUGCCUCACUCUCCCCUCUUCAGCCAGUUCCCAAGUCUACACCUAGGGGCGGCGCCAUAAAUUUGUUCAGUGCGGGCAUAAUUUAACCCACGUCGACCAUUAUGUUUUGGUUAUGAAUUUAGUGAU